CCCCUCUUUCUUACCCCCCGAAACCCUAGCCAUCCCGAUCCAUCCACUCCUCGAAAUUUCGGCGGAAUGCCUCCGCCGCCACCGCCGCCGCCGCGGUCUCCUCGCUCCCUUUCCAGCUAGGGUCCUCCCAGCCUACCUCCUCCCCGCCGCAAGAUUUGCGCUACCCAGCGGCGAUUCGAGCUCUGCUUGCUGUUCGGGUGGCCAUGAACAACAGCGCGUUCAGCGAGGAGGUGCUCGCCGAAAAGCUCGCCAAGCUCAACAACACGCAGCAAUGCAUCGAGAGUAUCCUUACCCUGCCUUUUUCCUCGGGCCAAAUCUUCGCGAGGAAAAAACCUUUCUUCACUCCCCUCCUGAGGUGCUGUGCAUCCUCUCUUUCGCAUUGGUGCAUAUACCAUCGGAAGAAUGCAGAGCAAAUUGUCCAGACAUGGGAGAAGCAGUUCCACAGCUUUGGAAAUGAACAGAAGACCCCUUUUCUCUAUCUUGCUAAUGACAUCUUACAGAAUAGUAAGCGCAAUGGUACAGAGUUUGUAGAAGAAUUCUGGAAGGUUCUCCCUGGUGCGUUGAAAGAUGUAACUGAAAAUGGCGAUGAGCGCGGGAAGAGGGUGGUCAGUAGGCUGGUUGAAAUAUGGCAAGAAAGGAGAGUUUUUGGUUCACGUGCUGGAGGCAUCAAGGAUGUAAUGCUUGGAACUGCUCCCCUGCCUGUAUUAGAUAUGACCAAAAAACGCUCUCACAGUUCCGCCAUAAAAAUUGUCAAAAGAGACUCGCGCUCUGUAAAACUUAGACUAGGUGUUGGGGGAACCGCUGAGAGGAUUGUAUCCGCAUUGCACACUGUUCUCAGUGAACAAACAGACGAAGACUCUGACCUGGAGAAAUGCAAAAACUCUAUGCGGCGUGUUGGAAAGAUGGAGAAGGAUGUUAGCAGCGCUUGUAAUAAAGGUGAGAAUCCUCGUCGUGAAACCCUUUGCACAGAACUAAAGGAAGAGGAGGAUAGCAUGACAAAAUGCAUUGAAAAACUGAAAGUAGUUGAAGCAAACAGAGCAGCUGUUGUGUCUGAGCUGAAGGAGGCAUUGCAGGAACAGGAAUCUGAGCUGGAGAAAGUCCGUACUCAGUUGCAGCUGGCUGAAGCAAUGGUAGAAGAAGCAGCCAACAUGCAACGGAGACUCAAGAAUGAGCCAGUCAUUCCUUCAUCCAAGCCUCUAUCCUCAGUUGUACCAGGCAAACCACUUUCUAAUGGGCAGGCGAAGGAUCAGCAGAAGACAGCUGCUGCUAUCCUUGCAGACAAGAUUGCAGCAUCAUCAAACUCUCAGCAGAUACUGCAGUCUGCACUUUCCAAGUUUGCUGCUGAGGAAGCCAAAAAUUCAUCUGAAACACGCCAAGAUAAGAGGCUGAAAAUCGAACAAUCCCCACAGGUCCCAAGUGUUGCGAAUGCCGCUGCUUUUGUUCCAAUGCCGCCAAUGACCACUACAACAGCACAGCAGCCCCAGGCAAUCUUAGUUCAGCAGACUCCUAUACAAAACCAGCCUCCUGCACCUCAACCCCAAUACAAUAUCUACCAGCCCCCUCCGCAUCAGUUUGUCCAGCAACCUGCUGGUGUAAUGAUGGGCAUGGCGUACAAUAUGAACACCAUGACUCCACCACCGCCUCCACCGCCACAGAUGAUGAACCUAGCAAGGCCUUCACCUUCAGCGCCCCAGCCACCAAUGGGUAUAAUGCCACAGACCCAGCCACCACCACCUGCACAGACGAUGCUUCAGCAACAGAUGCCGAUGAAUGUCGGACCUCCAAUGCAGUUCGCGCUCCAGCAGUCCGGAGCGCCACCUUUCAGGCCUCUGCAGCCGCCUCCAGGGAUGCAAUUCUUCCACCCCCAGUCUCAGUGACAUUUUUGGUAGCCCAGCUCCUGUUAAACUGUCGAGUUUCCGGUGUUAGUAUUGACUGGUAGAGAAAAGAUCUGACUGUUGUAGGGUAUACUGCUUGGUUGCUCUUUACCUGGAGAUGUUGUACAUGUAAUGCGAGAAAAUUAACAGGAAGAUUCAGAUAAGUUUGAGUAUUUGCUCAAAUCCUGCAGGGGAAGGGCUGAAGGCG